AUGAGCUCCUUUGAUCCACAAACGCACUCUCCACCACGCUGCAGCCCACAAUUUCCAAAUAUUGGUCAAGAACCUCCAGAGAUGAGUAUCUACUAUGAGAACUUUUUCCAUCCACAGAACAUCCCUAGUCCACAGCGACCAAGCACCUUUGAGACGACGGAUUACAACGCCACUCCCAAUCCUUACCUCUGGCUAAAUGGACCUUCUAUUACCCCACCACCGUAUCUCCCAGGAUCCAAUGCCAGUCCCUUCAUUCCUCAGUCUUACGGGAUGCAAAGGCAGCUCUUGCCUAACAUGCAUGGCUUGGGAGGAACUGACCUUGGCUGGCUUCCUCUCCCGUCCCAAGAAGAGCUGAUGAAGUUGGUUAGACCACCUUACUCCUACUCUGCACUUAUUGCCAUGGCUAUCCAUGGAGCACCCGAAAAGAGGCUGACUCUCAGUCAGAUCUACCAGUAUGUGGCUGACAACUUCCCCUUUUAUAACAAAAGCAAAGCUGGCUGGCAGAACUCCAUACGGCACAACUUGUCUCUCAACGACUGCUUCAAGAAGGUGCCCCGAGACGAAGAUGAUCCAGGAAAAGGGAAUUACUGGACUCUGGACCCGAACUGUGAAAAGAUGUUUGACAAUGGAAACUUUCGCAGGAAGAGGAAAAGGAAGUCUGACACUGGGGCUAAUGCUGCCACUCUUGCAUCUGAGAAAUCAGAGGAUACUGCCCUGACUGGCAGCCCCAAAGCUGUUGAGCAUCAGGAUAUCCUGGAAAACUCAUCACCUGGGACUGACAAUUCACCUGAGAAAGGAUCUCCACCUCCAUCUUCCAGUAGCCCAUGCCUCAGUAACUUCCUCUCCAGUAUGACUGCGUAUGUUAACGGCUCUAACUCAGUGAGCCGCUCAGUGCCUUUGGGACUCAACUCUGAACCCAUUGACAAAAUGGGACAGAAUAUGGUAGGCUUUAAUUCCUACUCUCCACUCUCCAAUAUCCCCAGUCAUGGUGUGGGAGAGUGGUCCAAUUCUAUGCCUUCUAGCCACCUUGGCUACAGCAACUCUGUGCUCAACCAGUUUAACACCCAUUUUUACAGCAGUAUCAGCACAAAUAACACUCUGUAUUCCAGGGAAGGAACAGAGGUUUAAAUGAAGGAUUCUAAGACAGCAAAAUAUAGCUAUUUAUGAGAGGAAAUGAUGUGUGGGCAGAUGAUUAGCGUUAGCCUGUUGUCUCUGGGACCCACACUGCAUCCUACCUUCUAACAGCCGCAAACUUGUUACCCAUUAUACUUACUCAAAUCACAAACACUCCACAUUCGGCAGCUCCACAUAAAAAAUCAGGAAUCAUAACAGCAAGAGU